AUGAAAAAAAUAAACGUUUGCAAUAAUCCAGUGAAUACUGCUUUUUGUUAUUUUACAUUCUUAUGUUUUCCAUUUCUCCUUGAUAACAAAUUGAUAAGUACAAAGUGAACUUUAAAAAUUUGAAGUUUUUAAUAUAAGAAUUUAAAGCUAUUUUAAUUGAAAAUGGAUGGGAGAGAUGAUGUCAUUAAAUGUAUAUUCUUAAGCGAGUUUCAUGCAACAGUUGGAACUAAAAUUAUUGAUCAAUCUCCCAAAAACUAUAUCACAAAAGAAAUUUUCGAUAAAGUAUCAAAUUAUGUAAUACCCAAAGUUCAACUAGCAUAUUGUUUCAUAAGUAUCUCACUUAAUAAUCUCAAAAUACUCGGCUUCCCAAUUAAAAUUGACAACAAGACGUAUGUUCGGAAUGCAUUUUAUUUCAACUUAUGUUUUGUUUUUGAAAAUUUCACCAGAACCUUUUGCUUUGAAAGUAUAAUUAAAAAAUUUACGGAAUAUUUGCUUUCUUUGGAGCUGUCGACGAAAUUUUUAUCUAAACUUGAUGCUGAAAAAUCCAAAAGACUUGAAACCAUGUUGAAUUCCAUUCGGUCAGAAAUUAAUGAAUAUGGUAGCUGUAUGUUAUUGGAUGAACAAAAUGUUCUUCCUUUGUGUGUUGUGCCAUAUUAUAAUGAUAAAUUGAACGAAAUUGAUGAGAUGGGCGAAUUUUCACACAUGGCACCAGUUUUGCUUGAUUGUUUUUUUGAAAAUUUUUCUUUCGACUCUUGGGAUUUAACAACCAAAAAGAUUGUUCCUUAUUUAAAUGGAUUUCGUCAUAUAAAUCGAAUAGCAUACCUGGCGGAUGUUUCGAUUACAAUUGUGCUUCAAUGUGUUAAGCAUUUGGUUUUGUUAGAUGUAUGCGUAUUAGUACCUGUUUUUCAAUAUUCUAACAUUUAUAGACCCACUCCAAAGCUUAAACAACUAGCAAAAUCACCAGAUGUCCAAAAACGUGCCAUUGAGAAAUGUUCUAAGUCGGAAUUAAAAAAAGCAAAAAUAAGAGAUAUUCUUUUAUUAUUCGCUUCAAUGACUCAUGGUGCCACUUUAGGAGAGUUAUGUGUUCGAUUUAAUCCGGCUAAACAUAAUAUUGAUGAAAGAAAAACGGUUUUAUUUGGACUGGUUGAACAAUUAAUUAGACCAAUUUUCAAAUAUCCAGUUGCGGUAAAUAAAAAUCUUUUCGUGGGAUAUGAUGAUUAUAAAAAACAAAAUUCAUUUAAUAAUACUCUUGGCAUUCCUAUAUCAUAUAAACGGCAAAGUUUGGAUAAUGUAAAGGUCACGCGAAAUUCUUUUACAGGAUUAAAAACUUUAGAUGAAAUCUGCAUGAAAACAUCAAGUUCUACUCGACAGCUUGAGGAACAACUUGCUUGCGACAAACACGUUAUUGUUUUACUGAAAUGAAUCGACUGUUAAACUUGACCGUGACGUUGUAUCUUGACCGUUCGUUGAAGUAAAAUGCAUUAUUUUAUUGGAAUGUUAAAUUUCAAAUUGUUGUUAUCAUUUUUUAUUAAUUAUUGUAAACAAUUUAUAUUUUGUUUUCAUUACAAAGAGCUUUAGAGUUAAAUAUAUAAUAAGGAAAGGAAAGGUA